GAUCAACGACAUGUGCGACCAGCUCAUCAGCUACGUAGCAUGCGGCUCACGUUAGCGAUGACGACGACGACGGCGACGACGACGGCGACGACAAAGCCGUCGUCAUGGGCAUGGAAACGGACGUGGACGGGGACGUGGCCGUUGGAACGUGCCUUGAGGGCAACGAGGGGCCGGCUGAGGGCUGUUUCAUAUUAAAGCGGCGUUAACAUUGAGCUUGAUGGCUGCUUUGAUGGGCUUCGAUACGUUUUUAAAUGCGCAAAUAUUGCGACUUGUGUCCCAUUUGCAUUGGCUGGGCAAGAGUUAUUAUCGUUAUCAUAGCCGAAAAAUAAGCGCAGUUGACCUUGCGACCGUUACUGAAUUCUGAUGUAGAAUCCCUCAGCGCCAGCUAACAAAUGUAAUGCGCUAUAAAAGCGAGUGCACCCACAGCAGCCAGUCACAUACCGUUAACGUACGUUCGACGAGCAACAUGCAAAUCUUCACCGGAAUAGUCCUGAUGCUACUGCUGGCUGUGUCCAUCUCGGCAAGGCCACAGCGGCGCCAGCUGAAGAGCCAGCGUCAGGUGGAAUUGGCCAGCACACCGUAUCCGGCAGCUGGUUUCCGGCCAAGAAUACCCUUCGAUCUGCCCAGCGAGCGACAGCCCAAACUGGAGGAGCCACUAGCCACAACAACAGCGGCAGCGACUACCAAGAUCGCAGUGGAAGAUUUCGGCACCACAGAAACGCAGAGCACCACCGAGUUGUUGGAGCAGGAUGUGCAGAUAAAUACACGCACACCGGCCAAUACCUAUGGUGCACCCGAGCAGUCAGCGUCUAGUCCAGACGACACUGUUGAGGUGGUUGCCCAGGCGCCUGCUCGAGACUUUCAGCCACCCGUACGCGAGGCUGUGGAGGAUUUUGCCGCUGUUGCCGUUGAUGGCAUUGCUACUGAGCAGCAGCCUGUUGCUGAUUUGCCUGCCCUGGACCAGGCCGAGACGCCGCUGAGCAACGAUGAAGAGCUGCCGGCCACCGAGAUUGCCAUCAAGGCGGCAGCCACACCAGCCAGCACUUACGGCGCGCCCAAUACGCCCGCCAGCAGCUAUGGCGCUCCCGAGCUCGAGGAGCCCGACAACGAACUGGAAACGGACGAGUCCCAGGUGGAGCUGGUCGAGGAGGCCGAGGAGGCCGAGGAAGAGCUAAACGCUGCGGCUCUCGGCCUGGCCAGCGGUCGCCUGGUUCUGCUGCCCAUUAACGCCGCCGGCGCCCAAUUCGGUCGCCUCAUCCUAGCCGUGGAGCAGCCCAAGCAGCCCAAGCUCGGGCGCCAACGCAUACGCAGCGAACGCUUGCGCCGUCGCCACUAA